GUACCUUUGGGAAUCGUCCUCUUCCCCAGACGAUCAGCUCCUUUGUGGCCAGCUUCUGGGAUCUGUGGGCGCCAUCGACCCUGCCUACUUCACUGGGCAGGUGUUGGUAGAGCGCCACAACACGUCGACGGACAAUCGCACGCCAAAAGGUGAAGUUGAGCUGGCGAAGACUGUCCUGGAAGAUUUCUUGGCACCUAACCUCUCCAGCCGCAACAAUUACGCCUUUGCCGCGCAGGAGAUUUUCCGGUGCUUGAAGCCUGGCGGGAGAGACCAGCAGCUCCUAGUCAAGCUGGAGCGAGAGGAUGUUCGAGAGACUUUGCGCCUUUACAUGAGCAGCUCGUAUGAGCGAGUUAGCACCGCUUCGAGGGCUGCUAGCCAGGGCCCAGCAAGCCUUGAAGAUGCAUUGGUCUCCGCCUCCAAGCUCCUACCCACUGAGCGGCGAGCCUUCUUUGAGGCUUGCAUGCCUGCGGUGACCGGAAAUCAUGCGCUCGCGCUCUUUCUCAUGCAUCACGCUCUCCGGGAGCUGCUGAACGGCCCAGCUGAGGGCAACCAGCUCUCCGCCUUGGCGGAAGCUUUGGCCAACUUGCUGCGAGACGAAG